CUCUCGCGAGAUUACUGGGGAGGACUGACGGGGUCAGGGCUCAACAUGGCGGCCGAGGAGGCGGAUGUGGAUGUGGAAGGGGAUGUCGCGGCCGCGGCGACACACCUGGGAAGUGAAGAAAAUACAGCAUUGGCUGUACAACAAGAUCACUUUCUUGAUUCAUCGUGGAGAAAUGAAAACGGCCUUAUUCCUUGGACUCUGGAUAGUACCAUCAGUGAAGAGAACAGAGCUGUCAUUGAGAAAAUGUUAUUGGAAGAAGAAUAUUAUUUGUCUAAAAAAUCACUUCCAGAAAAAUUCUGGCUUGAUCAGAAGGAUGAUAAAAAAUACAUAAAAAGUCUACAGAAAACAACAAAAAUCAUGGUACACUCUCCUACUAAACCAGCCAGUUACUCAAUAAAGUGGACGAUAGAAGAAAAAGAGCUGUUUGAACAAGGGCUGGCUAAAUUUGGCCGAAGGUGGACCAAAAUUGCAAAGCUAAUUGGAAGUCGCACUGUUUUACAAGUGAAGAGUUACGCCAGACAGUACUUUAAAAAUAAGAUAAAAUGGAAGCCAGAGAAAGAAGCACCCCAUCAGAAAAGCAACAGUGAUCUUCGGUUUAAAAGUGAAGAUAAAGGGACUGAGGCAUGGACAUCAUGUUUCAGGGGACGUACUGACCCCAACUUAAAUGCUGUGAAAAUUGAAAAAUUAUCUGAUGAUGAAGAAGUAGACAUCACAGAUGAAGUGGAUGAAUUUGUUUCUGAAACACCCCAGAAGAAUUCUAGCAGUGCUAUGUUAUUAGACAGUCCUGGCGGUAAAACACGUGUAACCAAUCAGGGAAAAUGCAUUGCUUCUGAUAGCCGGGGAGAGGCCUUUUCUGAAUCUUUUGGUGAAUAUGUUCAGAACAGAAAGCAAGAGGAAGUGGAAACACCUUCAAGCUCACAGAUUAUGUUAUGUCCCGAAACACAGAACAACAAUGACAAAGAAUCAGUUGAACUAGAUGAUCAGAAAUGUAAAAGCUGUAACAAGCACAAAAAAAAUGGAAUAACAGAUGGUGCUGGUCAGUGGCCUUGUCCCGAGCCAUGUGCAAUUCAGAAAGAUUGGAGUGACAGUGAAACGCUUUUUCAUCAUUCUUGCCAUGUUGUGGAGGAAAGCCCAGAGGAAGAAGAACUGAAGCCACCAGAACAGGAAAUAGAAAUAGAUAGAAAUACCAUUCAAGAAGAAGAAAAACAAGCAAUUCCCGAGUUUUUUGAGGGACGCCCAGCUAAAACACCAGAACGUUAUUUGAAAAUUAGAAAUUAUAUUUUGGAUCAGUGGGAGAUAUGCAAACCGAAAUACUUAAAUAAGACUUCAGUACGUCCUGGCCUGAAGAACUGUGGGGAUGUUAAUUGUAUUGGACGGAUUCAUACAUACCUCGAAUUGAUAGGAGCAAUCAAUUUUGGAUGUGAACAGGCUGUUUAUAAUAGGCCGCAGCCAGUUGAGAAAGCACGAAACAGAGACAGAAAAGAUGCAGUGGAAGCGUACCAGCUUGCUCAACGUCUGCAGUCUAUGCGCACAAGAAGACGCAGGGUUCGAGAUCCAUGGGGAAACUGGUGUGAUGCGAAGGACUUGGAAGGACAGACAUUUGAGCAUCUCUCUGCUGACGAACUGGCAAAAAAAAGAGAAGAGGAGAAAUACAAACCUGUUAAAUCUUCAAAAGUGUCAAGGGCAGCCAAAAGCUCAUUUGAUCCCUUCAAGCUGAUACCUUGUAAUCUUUUCAGUGAAGAAAAGCAGGAGCCGUUUCAGGUCAAAGUGGCUUCAGAAGCUCUUUUAAUAAUGGAUUUGCACGCUCAUGUUUCAAUGGCUGAAGUAAUCGGUCUGUUGGGAGGAAGAUACUCAGAAGCUGAUAAGAUAGUUGAAGUCUUUGCAGCAGAACCAUGUAACAGUCUGAGUACAGGCCUGCAGUGUGAAAUGGAUCCAGUAUCACAGACACAGGCCUCUGAAGCCUUGGCUGCUAGAGGCUACAGUGUUAUUGGAUGGUAUCAUUCACAUCCUGCAUUUGAUCCUAAUCCUUCUUUACGCGAUAUUGACACACAAGCCAAAUACCAGAGUUACUUCUCCAGAGGAGGUGCAAAGUUCAUUGGAAUGAUUGUUAGUCCCUAUAAUCGAAACAAUCCUUUACCAUAUUCUCAGAUAACCUGUCUAGUUAUAAGUGAAGAAAUCAGCCCAGAUGGUUCCUAUCGUUUACCUUACAAAUUUGAAGUACAACAGAUGUUAGAAGAACCUCGAUGGGGAUUAGUGUUUGAAAAAACAAGAUGGAUAAUAGAAAAAUACAGACUAUCCCAUAGCAGCGUCCCCAUGGAUAGAAUCUUUCACCGGGAUUCUGACCUGACGUGUUUGCAGAAGCUUUUGGAAUGUCUCAGGAAAACCCUGAGCAAAGUGGCCAACUGCUUCGUUGCUGAAGAAUUCUUGACUCAAAUAGAAAAUUUGUUCCUUGCCAAUUAUAAAAGCAAGCAAGAAAAUGGAGUGUCUCAAGAGAACUAACUGUACAAAGGAAUUAUCAAUGUGAUUGUUUUUUUUAAAAAGGCAUCUUAAUCUUAAUAGGAUAGACCCUAAUUUACAAAGUUAUACCCUUGUAAUCAUUGUAAUUUGGCUAAAAGUAGCACAGCUUUGGUAUAUUUUCUCUGGCUUAUAAAAUCUAAACUUUGCCACAUAAAUCAUGUACAAAGUAGGAGGUGGGGACUUGUUUUAUAUUGUGAUUGUUAGAAUAUUUGUAAAUCAGGGUCUUCCACAGUGUUCCAGUCCUUUCCUAUGCAACACAAGGCUGUGAAAAUGGAAGGUGGUGUGCAUCACUGUUGUAUUAGGAUUGGCAAAUGAGGUAUAUGUCUUUGUUACUUCUUCCCUGUGCUGGUUAUUUUGGUAUCUUAUUAGAAGCACUUCCAUUCUUCCAAUAUGAUCUGAUGAGAUUUGCUUUUUGGGAUUGCAAAUAAGAUAUGGAUGGUUGACCACUGAGAAAAUUAACAUGGUUGAGAACUACAGAUUAAUAAAUCAGACAACAUGCUUUAUGAGGGCAGGAGAAGCAUGUGGAGCAAUCUUAAAAGCAGAGGACAGGAAAAGAAAACAGGCCCAGAGAAAAGAAUCAAAUACCAGUGUUUAAUCACAGAUGCUCAUUUCCAUUUUAUAAAAUAUGCCAUUUUUUUCAACUAUCUGCUUUUUUAAUGGAUUUCACAUACAUAAAAUAAU